CAAGUACAGUCCAUACAAUACACGCCAGUAUAUGUCUGUUGGUUGGUGGAGUGAAUUCUCGGUUGGAAUUUCAUCCGCCAUAAAGUUCCAUCAAUCCAACCGACCAACCAACCCGACACCCAGCACCAUUAUAAUUAUAUCAUCUAUUUAGUCAUCCGUCACCCAAUAAUCCGACCACAUUUUCCCACCACCAAAAAACUAAAUGAAUAAUAAAUAAAUACUUAAAUAAUAAUAAUAACUAUUAUUAUUAUUAAUCCAGUGUAGUGUAAUUUGUGUUUAUUUAAUACGUGAAAGACAAUAUACAUAUAUUGUACAUAUAAAUAUAUACAUAUAUAAAAGCACGAGAUUAAUUCCGUAAUGGCCGCGACCUGACCUUCAUCAUCUGAGAUCUUAGUCCUCGUCAGUCGAAAAAUAUAUUUAUCAUCAAUAAUUAUUUCUUUUUUAAUAUAUUUUAUAUUUAUAUAUUUUUAAAACUUUAAAAGCACACAAAUAAUUAUUAUUAUUAUUAUCAGUACAAUAAAAUAUUAAGACUAGUGAUUAAGAAUAGGAAGAAAUUUUUGAACGAUUUAAAAAUAAUAAAAUAAAAUAAAAUGAGUGAUGAUCGCAGUGACGAAGAUCCAAUAAUGGAUCUUUGGUACAGCAAUUGGGAACAACAGUGCAUUGAAUCUAUUGAAUCAGAACCAGAUUAUGAGAGUCAAUUACACAACGAAAAGGAAAUUUAUUCUCAGCAAAUAUGGACGGGUUUUCAGACAACAGCAUCGGCCAUUGCUCAACUUUAUAAAGAUCGUACACAAGGUGCAUCUCUUUGGCUGCCAUUUCAAACGGCCGCUGGAACAGUAACAUCUCUUUACAAAAAUUCUCUGGAUGGUAUGAGAAGAUGCAGCGAACUGGGUGUUGAGAUUGGAAGGCAGAAGAGAAGUAAAGAAAUAAUGAAUUGGGCGAGAAAGAAAAGACGGACUAUUAGACGGGAAGAUUUAUUGGCGUAUUUAGCUGGUAAACCACCACCACCUAGACCUCAUACUCACAGUUCUCCUAAACCGCGUAUGAUGGUAUGCGGUUCACCACCGUCGCAGAGCCCUACAGCUAGUAUGGUUGUUACACCAACACCAGAACCAGUUGAUCAAGAUUCUGAUCUUCAUGCCUUUAGAGAAGCUAUUGCCUUAUCCGGAUCACCGAUUUCACGGCGUGCUGGCCGACAAUCAGAAUUGUCAGCAUUCAUAAGCAGUGAAUUUGCUCGACAUCACAAACGACCGGCAUCACAUGACGUGGACAUGGGCUCACCCACGCACAAACGUUCACGCUUCAUGUAACGAAUCGCGUCGUUGUAAAAUAGCCUUUAAAAAAACCUUUCUACCCUUGAACGUAUUGCUAAAUUUAAAUAAAUUAAACAGCUAAAACAAUAACAAUAAUAACAACAAAAUUUAUUAAUUUUUAUUCUUCAGUUAUUAAAUCUAUACUUUGAUCGCUAACGUCAAUGGAAAGAAAGAAUUAAUUUUUGAAAAAUCAUCAAGAGCCGAUCUUUAAAUUUCAUAG